CCGCUUUCACCUCGCAUCAACUCGGCUGUGCUUUUUUGUGAUUGGGGGCUGCGAUCCACGGGAGGCGGAGUGAUCCGCCACCUCCUCCUUCUCCUCCUCCUUCUCCUCAUGCUGCUGUAAUCCGAGUCUGCUUUCGGACCUGCGACCAACACUUGUCACAAGACGCCGAGGGGGUGAAGGCGUACGGAGGCUAUCUCAUCACGACACGCGUGGAUUGUGCACGCCUUUUUUUUUUUGCAUGAGGAUUGUACCUGAUCGCUUUCCGGGCAUGUUUGUUGCGCGUAUGGCUUUAAUGACGAGCUGAGUGUUUUUUGGAGCUUUUCGGAAGAAAAAAGCAAAAAAAAACCACACAUGUAUUUCUCCGCCCUUUCCACGACAUUUGGGUCAUGAUCACAUCGCCCACGGUGUCUUUCCUGAGAAAUAGCACCAAUCCAGCGUGGGAGAGCUGCAUCUCCUCGGGGGGGAGAAGCGUCAGCAGUCAGUCCGCCUACAGCUCAGUCUCUCCCGCAGACCCGUCCCGUCAAGCCGGUCGCCUUCCCAUUAAGGUCCUGAAAAUGCUGACGGCCCGGGCAGGACACAUUUUGCACCCGGAAUACCUCCAGCCUCUACCGUCCACCCCCGUCAGCCCCAUCGAGUUGGAUGCCAAGAAGAGUCCACUAGCACUUUUGGCCCAAACAUGCUCCCAGAUCGGAAAACCGGACCCCCCGGCCUCCUCCAAGCUCUCCUCGGUGGCCUCCAGCGGAUCCAGCGACAAGGAGAGCAAGUCCGGCCCGCUGAAGAUCAGCGACAUCGGCGCCGAGGACAAGUCGAGCUUCAAGCCGUAUUCCAAGUGCUCGGACAAGAAGGAGUCGAGCAGCGGCUCGAGUGGAGAUAAGAACGGUUUCCGGGUGCCUAGCGCCACCUGCCAGCCGUUCACGCCCAGGACAGGCAGCCCGAGCUCCUGCGCCUCCGCCUCGCCGUUGCCGUGCGAGGGCAAGGCGGCGGACAAGGAGGACAAGAAGGAGUGCGAUGGCAGUAAAAACGCUUCACCUGAAAGUAGCAGGACGCGUGGAAUUACCCCCGACGGCAGCCAGGAGGCCACGACUGGCUCCAAGGCCGUCACGUCGGACUCCAUAAUUGUCACUUCCUCGUCGUCGUCGUCGGUGCUCGGCUCCGGAUUGGUGGCCCCUGUUUCCCCGUACAAGCCCGGCCACACUGUUUUCCCGCUACCCCCCGCUGGUAUUUCAUACCCCGGAAGCUUAGCAGGAGCUUACGCUGCUUAUCCGCAGCCGUUCCUGCCUCCUGGAAUGACCCUCGACCCCACCAAGUCCAGCAGCCAGCUUUUGAGCGCGCAGUUCGCCGCAGCCAACUCGCUGGGGUGCAGCAAAGCCGGGACGAGCCCCCUGGCCGGGUCGUCGCCGCCCUCCCUCAUGUCCGCGAGCUUAUGCCGGGACCCUUACUGCCUCAGCUACCACUGCACCAGCCACAUGUCCGCAGCGUCCGGCGCCAACUGCGCUCACGACUCUGCAGCAGCCGCAGCCGCCGCCAGUGCACUCAAAUCCGGAUACCCGCUCAUGUACCCGGCUCACCCGCUUCACGGCGUCCACUCCUCGGCUCCGUCAUUCGGCGGACACCCCUUGUAUCCGUACGGCUUCGUGCUGCCAAACGACCCGCUGCCGCACAUCUGCAACUGGGUAUCAGCGAACGGACCGUGCGACAAGCGCUUCUCCACCUCCGAGGAGCUGCUCAGCCAUCUGCGGACUCACACGGCCUUUGCCGGCUCGGAGAAGCUGCUCUCCGGCUACCCGGGCUCCUCGUCCCUGGCGAACGCCGCAGCAGCAGCCGCCAUGGCUUGUCACAUGCACAUGCCUUCCAACGGCAGCCCGGGCAGCCCCGGUACGCUGGGUCUCCGGGGCCCGCAUCACCCUCUCGGACUGGGGAGCCGCUAUCACCCGUACUCCAAGAGCCCCCUGCCCGCCCCCGGAGCCCCGGUGCCGGUGCCUGCUGCCACUGGACCCUAUUACUCCCCUUACGCCUUGUAUGGACAAAGACUGACCACAGCCUCGGCUUUGGGGUACCAAUAGAGACUAUUACAAAUAUAUACAUUUAUAAAAAAAAUAAAGAUUUAGACCCAAUGAGUUUUAUAUGUACCAUGCAGGGACUGAAUCCAUGUGGGGAUCAGUGUAUUUAUUUGAGAUAGCUUCAAGCGUGACUAAAAUAAAAAAAAUAUUAUAAUAUAAAACUGUCAACAGACUCAAUGUGUAUU